UUAAAAAAAAAUCAUAGAUAAGAAUGCUAAAAAAAAAUAAUAUCGUAAGGAGUUCAGUUUAGUAUUUGAGUUUGAGUGUUCUUACAAAGUCAAUGAACUAACUGAUAUAAAUUCAAGUUUAAUUUGGAGAGGAUCGUAUUUCAUGAAAAAACAAACAAGGAAUUAAGACAUCGUGCCAUAAAUUUCAUUCAAAACGAUUUACCUUCGAUCAUACAAGGAUAUAUUUCCACCUGGUGGAACAGGGGGACAGUCAAAUCAACAACUGUCCUCUAUAUAUCCGUCAAACAUGGAACGAGGUAGUGGCUCAAACACACUUGAUAGCAUGACGGACUCAACAGGUUUAUGUUUACAAGAUUUGGUGGCCACAAACAGUCAACCAACAAACAACAAUACAAGUGAUCAUAUACAUAAUCAUGUACUGCAUGAUUCUGUUUCACCUGUUAAUGUAUCACCAGCAAUAGCUAGUUUAAUGUCAUCUAGUACAAUCGCUUCUGGACUAGGUCAUUUACAUCACGGUGAAAUAAUUGGUGAUUCAGCAUUGGGACAGACAACACAUCACCAUAGCUUAAAUACUCAUCAGACAUCUAUAUUACAUGAACCUCUAGAAAAAUUAAAAUUGUGGACAGAAGCAGGAGACUUUCGUGAUAACAAUCAUAGUACAAUAUCAUCAGUAGUCAAUAAUAUGGAUCAUCAUAAUCAGAUAAAUUUUCAUUCAACUUCCAGUCGUAAUAGAGGAAAAGAAAGAAAAGUUGGACGUUUAGUAAAUGAUGCAACAAUCAAAACCGAAAGCACUGGAAUCACAAAUCAUGAAGAUACAAUUGGAACCACAGACGAAAUAAAAAAUGAUAAGAAAAAUAAAAGACAACGAAGACAACGCACACAUUUUACAUCACAACAACUGCAUGAACUUGAGCAAACGUUUACUCGUAAUAGAUAUCCUGAUAUGUCGACACGAGAAGAGAUUGCAAUGUGGACUAAUUUGACAGAAGCACGUGUUCGGGUAUGGUUUAAAAACCGUCGUGCAAAAUGGCGUAAGCGAGAACGCAAUCAAAUGAAUGCAAUAGCAGCGGCUGACUUUAAAAAUGGAUUUGGUUCACAAUUUGUUCAACCUUUUGCUGACACAGAGGCAAUUUAUUCUUCUUAUUCUCAUUACAAUAAUUGGGCAAAGGUACCAUCACCGUUAGGAGCAAAAACGUUUCCAUGGCCUGUUAAUCCAUUAGGUGCUGUAGUAUCAACAAAUCAUCAUCAAAAUUCAAUUAAUUGCUUCAAUUCAUCUGCGUCAUCGGUAGCCGCUGGUAUGAGCUCAGCUCCAAUUGCAGCGGCAGAAUCGUCUUGGCUUUGGAAGCAGUACUAACAAACGGUCCUGUUCAAUAUUAGAAAUUUAAAAUAAAGGCUUUCAUUAAGAAAUAAGUGAUGUAUGUAUAAAUAUUUAAGGAAAAAAAUUAAAUAGGUAAAAUUUAAUAUACAAAGCACAUAGUUUUGUUAUUUAAAUCUCAUAAAUUUCAUAACUUUCUUUUUAGGUAUAUGUCAUUCAAACUUACAACAAAACAAUUAGUAUUUUUUUUUUAAUAAUAUUCGUAGU